AAUAUCUCAACGCAACAAAAAUCCAGUGGGAGAAACAGCCCAUUAAAGCCAAGCCAACAUCGCCAACGGCUCCAAGAUUUUGAACAGUAUCCGACGUGGCUGCGGUGAUGUACGAUCACAGUCCUACGUGGCGGAGCGGCUUCCCGGUGAAGCCAAGCUUCGACACUGCUGCCGCCUAUAUAUAUACACUCUCACUCUCAAUUUGGUCCACACCACUCCACUCCCCUCAUCUCUGCUCCCAGCAAUCGCAACCCCCAAAAAAUCCUGCAGUUUAUCGGUUCGAUAAAUUGCCCCAAUGGCGAAGCUGGCCGCCGCGAUUCUCGCUGUUUCCGCCGCCUUUUUCAUCGCCGGCUGCGCCGGUUCCUCGAAAUUCGACGACCUCUUCAAGCCCAGCUGGGCCUUCGAUCAUUUCGCUUAUGAUAAUCAAGGAGAAGUCGUCAACAUGAAGCUCGACAAUUUCUCUGGAGCUGGAUUCGCGUCGAAGAGCAAGUAUUUGUUUGGGAAAGUUAGUGUUCAGAUUAAGCUUGUUGGUGGUGACUCUGCUGGAACUGUCACUGCCUUCUAUAUGUCAUCGGAGGGUCAGUUCCACAACGAGUUUGAUUUCGAGUUCUUGGGAAACAAGACAGGGGAGCCUUACCUCGUCCAAACAAAUGUUUAUGUCAAUGGUGUUGGCAACAGAGAGCAAAGGCUCAACCUUUGGUUCGACCCCACUAAAGGUUUCCACACUUACUCCCUUUUCUGGAACCGGCGUCAAGUUGUAUUCUUGGUGGAUGAGACUCCUGUGCGUGUGCACUCCAAUUUAGAGCACAAAGGCAUCCCUUUUCCCAAGGAUCAAGCCAUGGGAGUUUACAGCUCAAUUUGGAAUGCUGAUGAUUGGGCCACUCAAGGUGGGCUGGUGAAGACGGACUGGUCCCACGCGCCCUUCGUCGCGUCGUACCAGGGCUUCGAGAUCGACGCUUGCGCGGUCCCGGGCGAGGUGGCGGCGGCGGACGUCCAGAAACAGUGCAGCAGCGGCGGGGACAAGCGGUACUGGUGGGACGAGCCCACCGUGUCGGAGCUCAACGUCCACCAGAGCCACCAGCUCGUGUGGGUGAGGGCGAAUCAUAUGGUCUAUGAUUACUGCUCCGACACGGCGAGGUUCCCCGCCACCCCGGCGGAGUGCCUCCACCACCGCCACUAGUGUGUGAGUGUGUGUAUGAUGUGUGUGUUUGGUGGAAAAUAGGGUUGGGAAUCUCUCUAGCCAUUUGACAUGGCCUCCAUGUUUCAAUGCAUAGCUUUUGUGUUCUUUGUUUUCCUUCACUUUUUUUUGUAAUAUAUUUUCAUUUCAUUAGUUUUAAUAAAAAUCUUUGUUCCUUGCAAA